CAGCUUCAGCGCUGGUCUGCGACAGCAUCGAAAGCUUGUUGCAUUGCUGAGCUAAAUGGUAUAAAGAUCGCGACGCGAACGUGAAAUAAUCAUAAUCAACUCGACACUCUUUCAAAACUGUACUUACUGCUGCAAGCCUGAAGAUGCGUACAUUUGUGGUUUUGUGCUUCGUUGCCGUCGCUUCGGCUCAAUACAACUAUCCCCAGCAAGGCGCUGUCGAUCUGUCCGGCUCAAGCGGUGCUGCUCAACUCUCCCAACCCAUUCAACCAGUGAAUGAGUACAACAAGGAGUUCUACAGUUACUCCGCACCCGAACAUGAAUUCGACGAUGCUGGCGAUGCAGGUCAAUUGGGCAACUCACUGAAGAAGAACUUGCGUGUUGUCUUCAUCAAGGGACCCGAAAACACCGGACUUGAAAAUGCUGCUUUGCAAUUGGCUAAAUCUGCUGGUGAUGAACGUACUGCCAUCUAUGUGCUCAGCAAACAGGCUGAUAUCGGCGAUUUGGCCAACAAGUUGAACUCGAUCAACCACCAAAGCGCACACAAACCCGAAGUGCACUUCGUCAAGUACCGUACCCCAGCUGAUGCUGAGAACGCUCAACGUGCCAUCCAGUCCCAAUACGACUCAUUGCCCGGUCCAUCCACCAGCAACAACGGUGGUGCUGCACCAGUCUUGAACUUCGCAUCCCAAGCGCAAGCUGCCCCAGCCCCAGCCCCAGUGGCCCCAGCCAACUCGUACAUCCCACCACAAGCGUCGUAUUUGCCACCCGGCAGACGAGUCUAAGCUUUUGAUUCGCUCGAUUUGAUUGUUGACUAAUUUUAAAGAAUUGUUUUACUUAGCAUACUUUUAGCUCUUAAGAUAAUAGAAGCAUCACAAAAAAACUAGAAAAAAUUGCAUCUUGAAAAUAGAAAAUAUAUAAAACCGGAAUUAUAAAAAGAAUAA